AGGAAUUCAGAUUUUUUUAUUUGGCCAUUAAUGAGUUGUUUUUCCCAAUCAUUCAUCCAAAUUAAAAAUGAUUGAAGAAACUCUUAAAGGAUAUUGUGUCUGAGAGAAAUGGAUGCAGUUCAAAAGCAAGCACUAAAAUAUGAACCUACAACGUAUAAAAAUUGUUAUUACAAGGAUGGAGUAUUUGAAGUCCUUCAAUCUUUACGCAAAAAUAAGAAUUUUUGUGAUAUAAAGUUACAAACGGAUGAUGGUGAAAUAGUAUUUGGACAUAAACUUAUUUUUAUAUCUGCAAGUCCAUAUUUCCAUGCAAUGUUCACAAGUUUCCAAGAAACUAAUAAUGAUCAUGUUAAUAUUAGAGAGCUAGAUUCCAAAGUUUUACAACUUUUAGUAGAUUAUAUGUAUACUGGMGAAAUCACUGUCACCCCAGAAAAUGUACAGGUUGUGUUGCCAGCUGCAGAUCUCUUACAAUUAGAUUAUGUAAAGCAGACAUGUGUUGAGUUUUUAACAAAACAAUUAGAUCCUUCUAAUUGCCUUGGUAUUAAAGCAUUUGCUGACAUAUAUAACUGUAAUGAAUUGUUAUUAAACUCUGAAGAAUUCAUUAAAAGACAAUUUAUAGAAGUGGUUAAAUAUGAUGAGUUUCUAUCUUUAUCUUGUGAAGAAGUGAUUAAGUUAAUAUCAUGUGACGACAUUUCUGUUCCAUUUGAAGAAAGAGCAUUUGAAUGUGUCAUUAAUUGGGUAAAACAUGAAUUGGACUGUAGAAUAGAUUUUUUGUCCGAUCUAAUGGAACAUGUACGUUUGCCAUUAGUCUCAAAAGAGUAUUUGUUAGAUAAAGUAGUUGAUGAACCUCUUCUUAAAAGUAAUCCAAAAUGUAAAGAUUAUGUAUUUGAAGCAUUACAUUUUAAUCUAAUUAAGUCAGUAAAUCCUUUUGCUGUUCCACUAACUGUGCGGAGUAAACCUAGACCUAGUAAAUUACAAAAAGUGUUUUUGGUGGUAUKUAUGCGUUUUUCAGAUAGUAAGUUAUUUGCAAACUGGUAUAACCCAGUAAGUGACGUAUGUCGUAUUGUACCGGAAUUGAAUAUAUUAUGCAGUACCAUUAUUCCCAUUAUUGGCGUUAUGAAUGAUCGAUUUGUGUUUGCUGUGGGUGGAGAUAAUCCUCGUUCUGUUGAAAUGCUGGAUGUAUCUUCACAAGAUCUAUGUUGGGUACCCAAGAAUGAAUUGUUAGUUAGUCGCGAAUAUUUAGGAAUUGGUGUAUUAAAUAAUUGUUUAUAUGCUGUUGGCGGAUUGAAUAUUUUUUGUUUAAAUAGUGUGGAGGUUUUUAACUUCUGUACUCAACAAUGGAAAAUGAUAUCUAGUAUGUCUGUUGCUAGAAGUAAUCUUGGUGUAGGAGUACUCAAUAAUCUCAUAUAUGCGGUAAAUAUUUAA